AUGUCGAAGUCCAAAAAUGGCUCCUCUGGUGGCUACCACCAAGAGUACAUUGCGUCGACGCGCUACCGAAAUGACCUUCCUCCUCCGGACAUGCCCCCAAAGUUCCUAGAGAUCCCGCAUGAGGGGCUCGAACGGUUUCUGACGCCGGGCUUUACGUCGAACCUGGCUAGACGCGAAGAGCCGAAUAUCGAUGUCGAUGCGGAAGGUGGAAUGCCAAUUGAUCUUGUCGGUAUCCCAGGUCUUCAUUUGGGUGAUGAAAGUGCUAUCAUGGCCCCCGAAAACCCGCAACCUCUUGACCCAGCCGAUCUCCCCCUUCUCAUGAGUUUGGAUCAACUCAAGAAUCCGGCGCCGAAGAACACGAAUGUCAGUUUCCUGCGGCGGACUCAGUACAUCUCAGCUGGUUUACGUGCCCCUGAUGGUGGCUCCAGACCUACUCCAACAAGAGUGAAGCCUCGUGAAGACAAAUACAAGAACCAAGACGACCCGAACUACAUCAAGCGCUAUAUCCAGAAGGGAUUCGACAUUGCCUAUCCGGAAAGCAAACAUACUGGCGAGGAGACCGCGAGCAAAAUCAAGGGCCAUACAGCUACGAAGGCAGAACACGAUGCAUGGGCAGCCCCUGUUCACCCGGAUAAUCCGAAGCUCAAGCCCGUUGGUUUCUAUCCCAUCAUGCCUGAUUUACAAGGCUUCCCAGACCCUGGUGGCUUUGUUCAGUUCAAGUUCGACAAGGCGCCUGUACAAGGCGUUUCAGGGAAGCGCAAUAAGGCCAUGGACGUUGCUAUUCUCCUUCCAUCUGCUCCUGAAGAGCGUGUUUGCCAGGAGCAUGCUACUAAAGUGGCCCUGCACAAGACGAACCCUAACCUUUACCCCGAUCCGGGUCCAAUUCCGUGGGAUUACGAUCUUUUCUUGCCCGAGAAGAAAGAAGCAACACAGAAUGUCAAAUCAAGUCUCGAUAUCUCGAAUCCGAACCGUGACAGCCCUGAGCUAUACACCCACGACGGGCCUGAUGACACCAAGUUCCACCGUUUCGACCGCUCUCGCACAUAUGCCACCAGUGCACAGACGCUAAGCAACGACCAGAAGCAAAGGGAUGUCGCUCUGACCAUAUUCGAUCCAGCGCAGGUGUCGGAUGCGCGUUCCAAGCAGAAGGCUGCCUACUACUACCCGAUCCUGGGCAAGACCCGUCUUAAGCCCGAGCGCGCGCGUACCAUUGCGCAAGCAGGAUUGGCCCCUACAAAGCCGAAGACGAAGGAAGACCAGGUCGAUCAGCUUCAAGUGGUUGUCCGCGACCCAGAUGAAGCGGAAGUCUAUAAGCGCGCUUUGCACCGCGCAGCCAUUGACCCCAAGUUUGCUGAUUCCAUGCCUCCUCCCCCGGCUGAUACGGAUGACGAGCAAGAAGCUCUCCAGGAGAACGCCGAGGGGGAUGAGAAAGAAAGGGAAGCAUCAAGGGAAAGGGAACCAAGUCCUGACCAUCAACCUAGGGCUGAGGAAGCAGACGAGGAGUAG